CGCCAGCCGCCCCCGAGGUCCCCGUGGCUUCUAUUUCCGGGUGCGGGUUCUGUCAUAAAGCGGAGACCUCGCUUCAAACGUGGCGUCGUGGGUCCUUUGCGCCUCGCCCGGGGUCAGCGAGCAAGGACGGGCGCGGGUGGCGGUACUUACAGCCGACAGCUAGAGCCGGUCCUCGCGUCCCGAGCCCGCACGGGCACCUCUGAUUCCUCAGAGCCGUAUGGCCUUUGAGCCCUCAUGAUUGAGGGUCCCUGGUUCGCAGCUCCAGGACUGUAGCUCGAGAGGACAGCUCUCCUUCGCCCAUACCUGUCCGCCACAGUCACGCGCUGCCCCGUGAGGUGCGGCAUUUGACAAGUCACCCCCUCCCCACAUACCACUUCCACCCACGUUCGAGUUAACUUCGUUCUCAGCCUCCUCAUUUGAGACCCCCUCUCCUCUUCGCCUCCAGACGAGGUUUUUCCCCAGUUCAGUUUCGCCUGUAAAAUCUCAAGUUUGGAGUUUCGGGUAUCAUGGAAGAUUAUCUUUAAGACUGAGCACCAAUUUGAUACAAAAAAAAAAAAAGUUUAUGCUUACUAGGGAGUUUGUGGGCAAAGUGAAAGCCAGGACACACAGGAAACUAUGGCUGAGCAUGGGGCUCACAUCACAACUGCUUCGGUGGCCGACGACCAGCCAUCUAUCUUUGAGGUGGUAGCACAGGACAGUUUAAUGACAGCAGUGAGACCUGCUCUUCAGCAUGUGGUCAAGGUUCUUGCAGAAUCAAAUCCUUCCCACUAUGGCUUCUUUUGGAGGUGGUUUGAUGAAAUCUUUACUCUGUUAGACCUUCUGCUCCAGCAGCAUUAUCUGUCUAAAACCAGUGCCUCAUUUUCUGAAAACUUUUAUGGCUUAAAGCGAAUUGUAAUGGGGGACACUCACAAGUUCCAGAAAUUGGCCAGUGCUGGUCUCCCAAAGAAGCAGCUUUGGAAAUCAAUCGUGUUCCUGGUUCUUCUUCCCUAUCUGAAAGUGAAGCUGGAGAAGCUGGUUUCUAGCCUGAGAGAGGAAGAUGAAUAUUCUAUUCAUCCCCCUUCUUCCCACUGGAAACGAUUUUACAGAGCCUUCCUGGCAGCCUACCCAUUUGUUAACAUGGCCUGGGAAGGCUGGUUUCUUAUACAACAGCUUCAGUACAUCCUAGGAAAAGCUCAGCACCACUCACCACUGCUGAGGCUGGCUGGAGUAAGGCUGGGUCGACUGACAGUUCAAGAUAUACAAGCUCUGGAGCACAAACCAGCUGAAGCCAGCAUAGUGCAGCAUCCAGCCAGGAGUGUUAAUGAGAAGAUAAAGUCAGCUCUGAAGAAAGCUGUGGGGGGCGUUGCCUUAUCUCUUUCUACUGGCCUUUCUGUGGGUGUAUUCUUCCUGCAGUUCCUUGACUGGUGGUACUCAUCUGAAAACCAGGAAACCAUCAAAUCACUGACUGCCCUGCCUACUCCACCACCACCUGUACACCUAGACUACAACUCCGAUUCUCCCCUGUUACCCAAAAUGAAGACUGUGUGCCCGCUGUGCCGUAAAACCCGGAUGGUUUAUUCCUGAGACUAUAUUUGGAUGACAUCUGCAGAGCAGGGAUGAACUCUGGGCUUGAGGACGGAAGUGCUGAAGAGAUUGAGAUGCAACCCUGGUCAUUCUGGGAAUUGGCCCCAGGAUCCAACUAGAGAGAGAGGGUCAGCCCACUGUCAGGGAAGAGGAUCCUGAUUCCAGGAGACAAAUUUACUAACUUUUAAAGAUUUCCUUAUGAGCCAUACAUAUCUUUCUUGGGAAAUUUGUUAAAAGAGAAUAGGGCUCAAAUGUUUAUAUAUAGAGAGAGAGUAGUCUGAAAAUUCCAGUGUGAAAGCAAAGCUAACAAGCAAUGAAGAGAUGAAGUAAAACUAACUGUAAAGAAAGGAUCUUUUAAUAAGCUCUUUCUGCUUCUUAAGAGUUUGCUAAGCUGUCAUGAAUUAUUCUGGUUAUUACUAAAGUUUCUAUGAAACAUUUAAGUAAAUUUUAAGAAUAAAUGUUUCUGGCAAAGAACUGUUCCAUGUUGUUAUGAUUAUAUGGAAACUUAAAGAUUACUUGGGGUGUU